GCGGGCGCAGCGCGAGGCCGGCGGGCGGGGAGCCAUGGCGCCGUCCGGGCCGCUGCUGCUGGUGCUGCUCGUGCCGCUGGCCGCCGCGCGGGCCGGGCCCUACUUCCGCCCAGGCCGGGGCUGCCGCCUGCCCCUGCGGGGGGACCAGCUGUCGGGGCUGGGGCGCAGGACCUACCCCCGGCCGCACGAGUACCUGUCCCCAUCUGACCUGCCCAAGAGCUGGGACUGGCGCAACGUGAACGGGGUCAACUACGCCAGUGCCACCAGGAACCAGCAUAUCCCCCAGUACUGUGGCUCCUGCUGGGCCCACGGCAGCACCAGCGCCAUGGCGGACCGGAUCAACAUCAAGAGAAAGGGGGCGUGGCCCUCCACCCUGCUGUCCGUGCAGCACGUCCUCGACUGCGCCAACGCGGGCUCCUGUGAGGGGGGCAACGACCUGCCCGUGUGGAGGUACGCCCACGAGCACGGCAUCCCGGACGAGACCUGCAACAACUACCAGGCUAAGGACCAGGAAUGCAACAAGUUCAACCAGUGUGGAACAUGCACGGAAUUCAAGGAGUGCCACUACAUCCAGAACUACACGCUCUGGAAAGUAGGUGACUACGGCUCCCUCUCCGGCAGGGAGAAGAUGAUGGCGGAAAUCUAUGCCAACGGCCCCAUCAGCUGCGGUAUCAUGGCCACGGAGAAGAUGGUGAACUACACGGGAGGCAUCUACGCGGAGUACCAGGAUCAGGCCUACAUAAACCACGUCAUUUCUGUGGUCGGCUGGGGCGUCAGCGACGGCACGGAGUACUGGGUUGUCCGGAAUUCGUGGGGGGAACCGUGGGGGGAACACGGCUGGAUGAGGAUUGUGACCAGCACCUAUAAAGACGGGCAGGGCGCCAGUUACAACCUCGCUGUCGAGGACUCCUGUACGUUUGGGGACCCCAUCGUUUAAGCGACAGGUCUCCCCAGAAGAGCAGUGUUAUCGUGAACCAUAAUCAGGGGGUCCUAUCGCUCUGGGCACUGCGUGGGUUCCACCACGGUCUGAAGGGACUAGGGACUGGCAUCAAACGUGUCUGACGGCUGGUCGCAGCCCUGUGCGCCGAGAAGGGAGAAGGGGCGCCUGUCGGCACACAGCCUGCCGCGGCGCUGGCCGGGAGCGCACUCCUGGGGAAGAGUCCGCAAUGGGAGGCUGAGAGCCCCAUGCCGGCCGCUGCCCGGACCCAGAGUGUCUGCCUGGCCACGGUGUGAUCCGCAAGGCCGUAACGAUGUGACUGCCAAGCUCCUCUGUCCCUGAUUUGGUGUUUCCUGUCUGGCAGCUGUGGUCCAUGAUGUGGUGUGGAAGCGCAGGCUUCUCACCAGCUCUUACGUUGCCUUGGAAUCAGUGCUGGGGGCGGAGGGCAAAGACAGCCAUGUGAGAUUGCCCAAGUGAUGAAUAAAGUACGUGACCCCACA